AUGUCUGAUCACGGUCCCACCCCUGUUCCCAAUUCAACCAAGUCGUUUUGGAAGACGCAGCCACAUCGUCUCGAUAGUCACCGCAGCACAGCUCAGCUACCGGCUGAGAGUGACGUCGUUAUCAUAGGUGCUGGGUUCGCCGGAGCUGCCCUCGCCCACUUCAUCUAUGCCGACAGCCCCUCCCCACCGUCAGUGGUAAUAUUGGAGGCUCGCGAGGCAUGUUCUGGCGCAACCGCCCGAAAUGGGGGGCACUUAAAGCCUGAUGUCUAUUUCAACGUGCCUAAAUAUAUCAAGAAAUAUGGCACCAAAGCAGCUGUAGAAGUGGCCAAUUUCGAGGCAUCACAAGUUUUGGCAGUGAAGGAAUUGGUUGAAAAGGAGAAGAUUGAUUGCGAGUUCACUCUUACUCGAGCAUGCGAUGUCAUACUGGACGAAGAUUUGGCCAGGGAGACGGAAGAAGCAUUUGCUGAGCUUUCAAAGUCAGGCGUUGCCAAUCUCACCGAUGUCCAUUUCACACCUCGUAAAGAUGCAGAGAGAGUUUCCGGUGUCAAAGGUGCUCUUAAUUGUUUCACUUUCACGGCUGGCCAUGUCUGGCCUUACAAGCUGGUGAUGCAUCUCCUCGAAGGCGCAGUGAACAAGGGAGCAAAUCUGCAGACGAACACUCCCGUCACUCAUGUCUCUGAAAAGCCACUCUCCGACGGCCGCUGGCUCGUGACAACAGCGCGAGGAACAAUCAAAGCCAAAAAGAUCCUGCUAGCUACAAACGCGUACACGUCACGCAUUGCGCCUGAAUUCAAGGAUCACAUUGUUCCAGUUCGGGGGAUCUGCAGCCGAAUCGUUGUACCGAAGGGGUCACAGGCCCCAUUCUUGCCGCAAACUUACAGCAUUCGCCAUGGUCCGUCGCUAUACGACUAUCUUGUUCCCCGAAACGACGGCAGUAUCAUUGUCGGCGGGGCAAAGCCUACCUGGUGGUCAGAUACCUCCCAGUGGUAUAAUGUAUCCGACGAUAGUAAACUCAUCGAACCGGCGUUGCCGUAUUUUGAAGGCUUAAUGCAACGGACAUUUAUGGGUUGGGAAAAGAGUGGUGCCUAUCCCGAUAAAAUAUGGACUGGAAUUAUGGGCUAUAGUUCAGACUUCAUGCCGUACGUCGGUGAGGUACCUAAGAAGCCAGGCCAAAUGGUUCUGGCUGGUUUUUCGGGCCACGGCAUGCCAUUGAUCCUCCUUUCAGCUAAAGCAAUCGUCGAGAUGCUCUUGUAUGGGAAGUCCUUUGAGGAGACUAGUGUCCCUUCUGUGUUCAAAGCCACCCAAGAGCGUCUGGAUAGCACAAGGAAUGAAAUUACGGAGGGACAUGGAUCCGAACAAGAGGAGCUCAGGAGCAAAUUAUAG